AUGACAACAGUUAGAGUUUUGGUCACUGUUGCUGUGAAGAAGGGCUGGGACAUAUUCCAACUAGAUGUAAACAAUGCAUUCCUUCAUGGUGAUUUAUAUGAAGAAGUGUACAUGGAAGUACCACCAGGCCUUCUAAUUGAUCAAACUGGUCCACAAAAGGUAGUAUGCAAACUUAAUAAAUCACUGUAUGGACUAAAACAAGCCAGCAGACAAUGGUAUGCUAAGUUGACUGAAGCUCUAUCCUCAAUGGGGUAUAGACACUCUGAGAAUGAUUACUCACUCUUCUCCAAGAAGACCUCUUCUCACACCAUAUUUGUAGCUGUCUAUGUUGAUGAUGUUAUCAUCACUGGGGAUGAUUCAGUUGAGAUAGCCAAUUUAAAAUCAUUCCUUGAUAAGCAAUUCAGAAUCAAGGAUCUUGGGAAACUCCAUUACUUCUUGGGCCUAGAAGUCCUCUACAAGUCAGAUGGAAUUAUCAUGUCUCAAAGGAAGUUCACCCUAGAUUUGUUAAAAGAAUAUGACUGUUUUGGCUACAGUAGUCUGUCUUCUCCCCUUGACCCUGCUGUGAAGUUGAAGGGUGAUGAAGGUACUCUCCUUCCAGAUCCUACAUAUUACAGAAAGUUAGUGGGAAAACUGAACUUCCUCACCGACACACGACUUGACAUAGCCUACAGUGUGCAGCUUCUGAGUCAGUUCAUGCAAGCACCCAGAGAUACACAUCUGAAAGCUGCAUUUCAUCUCCUCAGGUAUCUCAAGAGUGAUCCCACUCUUGGUAUAUUCUUUUCCAACAACACUGACUGCUCCAUUAGUGCCUACUGUGACUCUGACUGGGCUUCAUGCCCUGAUUCUAGGAAGUCUGUUACUGGGUACAUAGUUUUGGUAGGAGAUAGCCCCAUUAGUUGGAAGUCAAAGAAGCAAGAAACUGUUUCCUUAUCUUCAGCUGAGGCAGAGUACAGGUCGCUCAGGAAGAUAGUAGGAGAAUUGGUAUGGUUGAACAGAUUAUUUGAGGAGUUCACUGUUUCACAGUCCAGCCCCAUUGCUGUGUUCUGUGACAGUCUAUCUGCUAUUCACAUUGCUCACAAUCCAGUUUUUCAUGAAAGGACAAAACAUAUCGAUGUUGAUUGCCAUUUUGUACGGAACAAACUUCAGGAAGGCUUGAUUUCUCUCCACCAUGUGGCCACCACUAAUCAGCUAGCUGAUAUACUCACCAAGGCACUUACUGGAGUCAAACAUCAUGCCGUACUUGGCAAGUUGGAUGUGAGAUCCUCCCAUCCAACUUGA